AGCCCCCACGGUGGAGGCGGGAUUAGAACCCACGACCUUCUGACUUCCAGGCCCGUGCUCUGUCGCCGACUCUCCGCCCACCCCGUGGGGUCCCCCUCCCCGUUUCCUCGGCAGGCCAUGGCAUCGGGGGGGUGGGGGAUCGCCCCUUGGUGGGGGCCGCCCCCCCCGGCCCCCGCCCGGCCCCUGACGGACAUCGACUUCUGCUCGGGGGCCCAGCUGCGGGAGCUGACGCAACUGAUCCAGGAACUCGGGAUGCAGGAGAGCUGGGGGGGCCCGCAGGCCGGUCCCGACCUCAUCCAGGCCAAAGACUUUGUCUUCUCCCUGCUCAGUCUGGUCCGCGGGCGGGACCCCCGCCUCCCGGCCCGCACCGAGCUCCUGCUGCUCCGCGGCGGGGUCCGCGAGGGCUCCGUGGACCUGGGCCCCGGCCGGCUGGGGCCCUACGCCCGGGGCCCGCACUACGACGCGGCCUUCACGCUGCUGGUGCCCGUGCUGCGGCCGCCCGGGGAGGGCGAGGGCGAGGGCGAGGGCCAGGGCGAGGGCGAGGGCGAGGGCGAGGCGGAGGCGCGCGACGCCGCCCCGGGCCACCGCUGGCUCCACCUAGCGGCCGAGGGGGCGUGGCGGGACUGCCUGGCGCGCGCCGCCGGCGGCCCCCCAUUGGCGGAGCCGCCGGGUGACGUCAGCGGGGGCGCGCGGGCGCCGCCCUCCCCGGAGCACGCGGCCGAGGAGGGCGCGACGCUGUGCCCCGCCCUGGUGUCCGCCUGGUUCUUCUCCCGCGUGGCGGCGGCGGCCGGCUCCCUCGCCCCGGCCCCGGGCGGCCCGAGCCUCGUCCACGCCGCCCGCCACGGCGCCGUGACCACCCUGCUCCUGGCCACGCCCGGCCCGCCCCGCCGCCUCCUCCUCUACGACCUGGUCCCCGCCGUGGCCCUGCCCGGCCGGCCGCGGGGGGCCCGGACGCCCGCCUGGCCGGGCGGGCCGGGCCCGGAGCCCGACGGCUACUACCUGGUGCCGGGCCCCGCCCCGGGGGGGCCGUGGCGCCUCAGCUUCGCCCGCCAGGAGCUGCGCCUCAAGGCCCGCGUCCCGCCGCCGCUGCUGCAGGCCCACGCGGCCGCCCAGGCCGUGCUGCGCCCCCUGGCGGCCGCCCCGGCGGCGGCGCCGCGCCCCCUGGCGGCCGCCCCCGGCCACGCCGCCUCCGUCCCCUACCUGCUCAAGACCCUGCUCUACCGGGCCUGCGAACGGCUGCCGGGCCUCUACCUGGCCCGGGCGGAGAACGCGGCCGCCUGCUGCCUCGGCCUCCUCGACGAGCUGGCCCGCUGCCUGCACACCCGCCGGCUCCCCCACUACUUCCUGCCGGGCUGGGACCUGCUGGGAGACGCCGCCGACGCCGCCGCCGAGGUGGCCUCUGGGCUGGCCCGGGCCAGGGCGGAGCCCGCGGGGGCCUUGCGGGCCGCGGUGGAGGAGGCCAAAGCGGCCAGGAAGGGCGGCGGGGUCGGGGGGCUCGGCCCCCGUUAGAGACGGGCCGGAAGCAGGAUCGGAAGGGGGUGCGCGGUCGGCAUUUCAUAAAGAACAAGCAUAACGAGA